AUGGCUAGGCAGCUGGGGGUAGCUGAAGAUAGCCGCCUUUGGGUUGGAGUUCUCAAGUUAGUCCGUUCUGAGGAGGACAUGGAGUCUUUUGAGGAAGCAGAUGAAGAAGGAAGAAAAUGCAUCCUUGCACACCUAUCUGGGGAAGCUGACGAACCUUCAGCAGUGGUGGAGGCUGAUGCUGGUAGGAAGCAGCUGUGGGAGCAGGAUUUUUUUGGCAUGCUGGCAGAGGAGGAUCAUGAAGACAUUGCAUUGAUAUAUGGGAAGUUCUAUCUGGUGGAUUCCGGGUACCCCAACCGUCCAGGUUACCAGGCUCCGUACAAGGGAACCAUGUACCAUAUUCAAGACUUCCAAAACGUCGCAGAACCACGAGAUCAACAUGUGCAUUAUGUGCCGCCAGAGGCCUCUAUUGAUCAGCCUGAAACUGUUGAUGCCCCAGAUUUUGAAGAUGUUGCACAGAUGAAUGCAUUUCGUGAUUAUAUUGCUGACCACCUGUACAAUAGAGCCUGA